UUGAGACUAUCUUAUCACAUUCACCUUGCAUCAAGGGUUACGGUGUUUAACAGCAAUAACUUUAUUAUGCAAGUGUAGAAGCAAUAGUAGUAAUGAGAAGGCAAAACUUACUUUGAAAUCUAGGAACAAAGUUAAGUAUUUUACUCCAAUGAGAGGAGGCGAGGCAAAGGAAACGGAAGGCGAGGCAUACUUUGUAUAUCUAAUACAACUGCCAUUUUGUUUUUCAGUUGAAGAUCCAAUGCAGCUACGGUUGUUAUUGUGAAAAUGGCUUUAUUCGACGUUUAGAUAUUGCUUUUAGUGUGUUUUUUUCUUAAAUUUAAAAACUGUCUUGUUGAGAAGUAGUGGAUGGUAGAGUAAAAGACCGAAGGACCAACUUUCCUUGUAUAUUGUGAUUUAAUUGUUCAUGUUUACGUUACGGGUCUUCUGGCCUACAACGUUCUAUUAGAUUGGUACUGUAGCUAGCUAGUUAUCUCGGUGGCAAAAUGGCGGCGAAUACGACCCAGACAGCUCCAGCUGCUAACUGUCACAUGUCUCCUGUCUGUUGUAGGUCGUAUGGUGCAGCAGCAGGUCCAGAGGGCCAGACGGUCUCGGAAAACCCAGAGUGGGAGAAGGCCAGACAGGCACUGGCCUCCAUCAGCAAGACCCAGAGCGCCACCAAGACCGCUCAGGCCAACCGGACCACAGCACAGGCUGGUCAGUUUCAGCCUGUAGUAACUGAGUCCACAGCCAUACAGCAGCAGCAACAGCAGCAGUACUACCAACAGUGGUACCAACAGAACCAGCAGCAACCGUAUCCUGGAUACACCUACCCCUACAAUUACUACUACCCCAUGGCGCCGGGCCCCUAUGGUGGUGGUGGCUAUCCUCCUCAGGGCCAGUAUGGUGUACCUCCAGGACCUUACCCCUCUCCCACCACUCCAACUGGACAGCCUCCAUCCCUGCCCGUGAUGGAUGACCAGUCCUCCAGCUACCCCUCUCAGCCCCAACCCCCUCCUCCUGCUGCACCUCAACCACCCCCCCAGAGCCCCACCAGCUCUGAGCAGCCCCCACCCCCCCCUCCCCCAGCCAUCCCUCCCCCUCCCAACUCCCAGUACCCCCUUCCUCCAGGGCAGAACUCUUACAACCCCAACAACCCCAUGCCCUACCCCAACAAUGACCCCAACCAGAUGAGAGGUUACAACCACAACCAGGGCAGGCCCAGCUAUGGGCAGAGCUACCAGACUCAGAACUCGUACCAGCAGCAGCAGAAUAACAACCAACACCAGCAACAAGGACAGGGUCAGUAUGGACCAGGAGCUGGGAGAGGAGAGGCCAACAAAAACAAGAACCAUCAACAACAACAGCCACAGCAACAAGGACCGCAGCUCUGGCACCGCAUGAAACAGGCACCUGGAGCAGGUGCGAUGAAGUUCAACAUUCCCAAGCGACCCUACGUCAUGACCAAUCAGAGUUUCCCUCCUGGGGAACAACCCACUGGAUUGGCUGCUACUCCUUCCUCCCCAGCUGCUGCUCCUGCGACACCUGGCGGUGCCCAGACACGGCCCCAGGACUGGCCCCAGGCGAUGAAGGAGUAUGUUCAGCGCUGCUUCACAGCCUGUGAGAAUGAGGAGGACAAGGACCGCACCGAAAAGGGUCUGAAGGAGGUCCUACAGAAAAGACUACAGGAUGGGUCUGCCUACACCAUCGACUGGGACCGCGAGCCUCUGCCUGAACUGAAGGCCAAGCAGUCUCGCUGGGAGGCUGUACCCACCCAAAGGACUCUGGAGAGUUCUGUGGGCCGUGGUGGGGGUACAGGUGGGGCUACGCGUGGCAGGGGUGGUGGGGCCAGGCUGGGACACUACAGGAACGUCUUCUCCCAGAGAAGCCCCUCAUCCAGCUCCUCAGGCUCCUCCUCUCGCUCCCCCUCUCCCUCCCACAACCGACACAGGGACCGCAAUGGCCAGAGACACAGGCGCAGUGACUCUGAGUCCCAGUCGGACAGCAGCAUGUCCAGUGACCUCCGAACCCAGCUUCCCCGGCGCAAUCAGAAAGGAGGGCGUGGCCGUGGGGGCGACAGGGACCGAGGCAGAGGGGGUGGAGAGAGGGGACGAGGAAGGGGCGGAAGAGGCAACAGAGGACGGAGAAACAUGGAUGACGCUAACUCCACCGUCCUGGGCAAGAAGAGAAAAGGUGGGAACGCCGGCCUGGACUUCCACGACCCCCACCGGGAGGCCAAGAAACAAAGCCGAGCGGCACGCUUCCACAACACCAAGAUGCGCUCAGAGCCCCUGGUGCUGUCCAUCAACAACCUGGAGCUGCCCAAGGAGGACCUGAGCUGGGACGACUGCCCCAUUGUGGGCACCUGCCAAGAGAUCACCAAGAUCUACCUGAGACUCACCUGUGCCCCUGACCCUGCCACCGUGCGUCCCGUAUCUGUGCUGAGGAAGUCUCUGUUGGCUGUGAAGGCCCACUGGAAGACCCGUCAGGACUACCCCUACGCCUGUGAACAGAUGAAGUCCAUACGACAGGACCUCACGGUCCAAGGAGUUCGUACAGAGUUCACAGUGGAAGUAUACGAGUGCCAUGCACGCAUUGCUCUAGAAAAGGGCGACCACGCAGAGUUCAACCAGUGCCAGAUGCAGCUGAAGGCCCUGUAUAAGGACAACCCGUCAGAGAACAUAGGGGAGUUCACUGCUUACAGACUACUCUACUAUAUCUUCACUAAAAACUCUGGAGACAUCACGACUGAGCUGGUGUACCUGACUGCGGCGCUGCGGGCGGAUGAGUGUGUGUCCCACGCGCUCUCCCUCCGCGCCGCCUGGGCUCUGGGAAACUUCCACCGGUUUUUCCAGCUCUACCGGAGAGCCCCACGCAUGGCAUCCUACCUCAUAGACAAGUUUGUAGAGAGGGAGAGGAUGAUCGCUCUCAGGGCCUUAUUCAAAACAUUCAGACCAGACUUGCCGGUGGAGUAUGUGCAGUCCAGUCUGGGCUUCCUUUGUUUAGACUCUUGCAUGGCCUUCCUCACAGGCCUGGGGGUCACCUUCUUCCCCUCUGACCCCAGCAAGAUAGACUGCAAGAUCAGCUCAGCCUGUCUGGCAGCCUCCUGAGGGGGUGGGGUGUUUACCGGGGAGGGGGGAAAGCACACUAAAGUGAGAUAGACAGGGUCAGGAAUGUACCCUACAGUUAUACUGCACUACACUUCAGGAGGGAGGCUAGUGGUUAGACUGAAACUACAAUUUAGUCCUGUAGAAAGAGGGAGAUAUGCACUAGGACCCACUAAAUCACUUAGGGCUGAAAAUUCAGUGAGGAUCCCACCCACAGAUGCAAUGUGCUCACAGAUAUGGACUGUAUAACAAGAGUGGGGGAGAUUAUCUGCAUACAUGCUGCACAUCAAAUACAUUUAGAAUAGCUUAGUCCCACACAUCUCUGAUCAGCUCAAGAUAUUAAUUAUACCUUCGACUUAGAACAUUUUAAUGACGAACAGAUGAUGUUAGGCAUUAGUUCAAUGUAAGACCCGAAGAUCAAGCACCAACUCACACAGAUCAGGGAAGAGUGUAGCCUCAAGGUCUCCCAUCCACUAUCGCUCUCAGAAGUUUUAAGCUAACAGUGUUCUGUUAUGUUUUUCCUUCCCUCAAGUCAACAGCCUCAAAACUCAUGCGAAGACAAGCCUUGAGAACCCAAGAGGGAGAUGAAAACGAAAUGAGCUAAAGUCAUCCCUCAAGCCCUCAUCCAACAGGCUGCUCAUCCACUCCAAAACCAAACCAUCAACCAGAGAAGAGGUUUGUCUGUUCAGGUGUUCAGCUCUAGAGACUGUGCUAGCCCUUUGCUGCCUUCAGGAAGCCUUCGUGAUCCAGCGUCCAAUCCGGGAGAGGAGGAGAUGGUGGUUUGUAUGUCCUGUCCCCCCUUCCCUCAAGCUGUCUACGAUUGGCGAUCAGGUGGGGAAAGUUACCCCCACUUCCUGUUCCUGCGUAGCCCUGCACACUUGUCACCCCUGAAAGGUAUUGACUGAGAAAUCUAAAGGUUCUGAUUGGCUCCUUGCCCAGGUUGGCCACAGCCAUCCUUACCCCACAGUUGUCUGCUACCCACAGUCCCCUGCUUCACCCUUCAACAGUCGUCACCCAGAGUUCACCAAAGUUUGACCACAAAGUUCACAAUAUAGAAGAUCUCUAAUAUAGAAGAUCUCCAAGCUUGGCGUCUAGUCCCUUCUGGUAGGCAUUGACUUAUAAAGUGUGAUGGUGGAUACAGUCCCCUAAUAUUUACCAAGAAUGGCCUCUGCAAUCCCUCGGUAUGUGUCCAGGAGGCAGGAUAUCCACCUAUAGUCCAUCUAUCCCCUGAGAGCAGACAAGGAGGCAGUCUCCCACCCCUUAAGAGUACCAAAUAACCAAGUUGAGGCCCUGAGCGAGCCUGUGGUGUUUCCUGAGUUACCCGAUCAACAGCCCCCUCAGCAGCAUGGAAUAGCAGUCGUCAAGCACUCCCAUCACACAGGAAGAAGUCAGCUCCAUCAAGAUGGUGGCAAAGUCUUCACCUUCAAAUAUGGUGGCUGGAUCAGUCCCGCCACACAACAGACGGAGAUGAGAUCGCUGUCUGUGCAGAUGGCAGCAACGUCUGGGUUUGUAUGCUCCACACUCCGUUCAAUAAGGCUGAGUAUGUAUGGCUGGUAAGAAAAAGGACUCUUGGUGUGCUGGAAGGAGGUGGAGGACAGCACGGCAAAGAUCACCUGGUAUUCACUAUUGGCUCAUUCACAAACACUAACCAUUGGUUUGGGUUAAGGUGUAUGAUAUCAAGUUUAUGGUAAUUACUUAAAUUCCAUCCACAUCAUGAUAGUGUGUCUGAAAUUGUGAUAUAAAAUUAAGGGUGCCAGUAUUAACCCCCUCAUUUUUAAAAGAAUGAUGAAGCCAAACUGUCAAAUUAUACAGGUGCAGAUACACAAAUUCAGGUUUAAAAGGUAACUGUCCUCAAUUGAAAAUUGUCAUUCUGCCACAAAACAUUAGUUUAGGACAUUAAUGUUGACGGCUAAAGCAUACAAGACUCUGCUUAUCAAAUGUUUGUCUGUAAUCAAAUAAUCUGCUUAUUUAUUUAAAGCUAAGAAAUCAUGUGAUAUUUUUAAAACCCCAUUGCAGACAUUUUGGUUUUCAGUAAAGGCAGGUGAGAGUGAAGGAUUGUAGAGUAGUUAUUUUGGGGUCCUAUCCAGCAGUUAUACAUUAGGCUACAUCCCUGUGUAUACUCUUGAUAAGAUCUGAUGCGAGGAGACUAGUGUGGAGAGUUAAUUGUAAAUCAACAUAAUUGUCAAUACAUAAAUAGAACCUAGAAAUGGAACAUGGGUUGGUGAUAUCAGUUGGUGAUAUCAGUUGAUCUAAAACCCCUUGUUUUCAGGCAUGACCUUGAAGAGUAUUAACUUGAUUCACAUCAAAGCUCGAGGUAUUUUAGUGAGUUCAGUUCCAUUGCGGAGAUAUCAAAUGUAUUUGUCACAUGCACUGAAUACAACCGGUUCAGACUGAAAUGCUUCCCUGCGAGCCCUUUCCCAACAAUGCAGAGUUAAAAAGAAAAAUUAUAUAAAUUCAAAAAGGAUUUGGUAACACAAUAAAAUAACUAACGAGGCUAUACACAAGAUAGGACUCAACUUUCAGGAUGACCAGAAGUCUGUGCUGUAACAAAUGUCCUGUGUGCUCAUCUAUAGAGUCUGUGUCAGUAUCUAAUGUACAUUGUUAUGGAUUCAGUUGGCCUUGUUAUGGAUUCAGUUGACAUUGUAAUGGAUUCAGUUGGCCUUUAUUCAUUGGACAUUUUGAUAUGUUUUAUGUUUACCAGGGCAAGUGUAAUUUUGACAAACGUAUAUGGUGAAUGAGAAGCUGAAGCAUUUUAGAUAUGGGUAAUAAAAAAUGUGUUCUUAAGACAAUUGAUGUGAAAAUGUAAAUUAUAGUUACAAAUCUAAAGUUGGAUGAUUUGGAAUACAUUGCCUGUUUUUGAUAUUGCCGUGGAUUUAAAUGGGGAAUUGAUAGUAACUGCUUUUUGUAGUGCAAACACUUGCGUGGUUUCUACACUAUAUUUUUGACCGCUCAUUCAAUAAGUGUGCAGUGCAGGUUUAUACUUUGGGCUUUUACAGGGAUUGAAAAUGGGAUAUUUGCUGUAUAAACCAAAUAUUUUUCUUGCCAAAUUUCCCUUAGAUAUGAACACUUGGUUGACCACUUUCAUUUCUUACUCAUUUUUUUAAAUGCUCAUCUUUUGUAAACCAUUUUUGUUUUUAGAUUUGAUUUACUGCAUGUCUGUGUCAUCUCAACCUUUCUGGCUUUCUGUACUCAUGAACCUCUUGCAGUGGUAUUCAAAGUCAGCAUCGCGACCCAUGAGGGAAAUGCAAAAACAUUCAUAGGUCAUAUUGUAUGGGACAAUAUAGAAACGAUUUUGAAAAGGAUAAUUUGAAAAAUCCAUUUUUAUUGAGCAAAUGUAUUUAUUGGUUUAUUUUCAUUUCGAUGAGAUGAACAUGUAAUGAAUUGAAGGUACAUUUUUUUUAAAGGGUGUCAGUAGGUUUGGAAAUUCUGCUGGCCAAAAAAAUAGUUCCCCAGAAAUUCUGGUGGAAAAUAAUGGUGUCCCCACUGAAAAAGUUUGAAUAUCACUGCCUUAGAGAUAAGUAAUGUACUAAAACCCCCACACAACAUCCUGAUGGCAAGAGAAAGG